CUUGCAGACCAUUGCGAACCGCGUCCUCACCAUGAUGAACGGACGCGCUGUGCGUUCAGUGCUCAUACGGAACAACAGAGCAGAGAACGGUUCAGAGCAUGUGCCACGCGCGGUCCAGUUCGACGAAAGUUCUGAAGAAUAUCGGUGUCUAUGCAACUGUUUUCACGUAAAAACUGGUGCCUACCUCAUUGGAAUUGUCCACAUUUGUAUGAUAUUAUUUUUCUUGAUUCACUCUUUGCUGGUCUACUUUCAACACGAUGGAAGGUUGCAAGACGCACGAGGAGUGAGGGAGAAUUACGUUUUUGCGUCUUUUCUAGCUGAAAUGCUCGGUCUAGGGUUCGGGUUCCUAGCCGUUCUUCUCCUUUUUAUCGGAUUAUCUAGAAAUUAUGCAUUACUGCUUAUACCGCAUAUUGUGAUACAGGUGCUAGCAAUAGUAUGCUUUGCGUUAGUAUUGAUAAGUGGAGUCAUAGCUGUUACCACUGAUUCUGCUGUGUUCUACAGGCUCAUCAAUGCUGCUCCCUUUAUGGAGCAUCCUAGUCACAGUACCGUCGCACUAGAUACCGGAACUAUGGUUCGUAUCUACUCGUUGCUGAUCAUAUAUGCUUUAUCAUUAAUACUGGAAGUGUGGUUCGUUAUUGUGAUCUACAACUGCAAUAGAUACCUCGACGAGCGAAAUACAUAUAUGAAGUACUGUCUUGCGUUCAGCACUCCGAUGAAAACCUUAUCUGCCAGAUAAUAUCCUAGAAUGUUUCUGCUUUAUAAUCUACAGAUUGACCGCUUUGUACUGCGAAAGCAUCCUUAACAGAUGACAUCAAAUCUAAGACUUUCUGGUUGUAAACAGAUUGCCCUAGGUUGUGUAAAUGAAGAGUUUAUUAUUAGUCUAGUCUAGUUCAUGAUCUGCCCUUAGUUCUUUCAGUCACAGAUGAAACCACUGAUAUCCAAUUUUGUAUGAACCUUUGUUCACUGCGUUAGAUUAUUAGGUUGUUCUACCUCAUCAUGAAAUGUUGUAUAUAUUGAAUUUUAUGUUCUCGAAUAUUUAUGUUCUUAGUCCAUCUCAGGCAUCGCAUUUUAUGGCACAGGUGUGAAGAUGUGCUUUUACUUUCAAGAAUGUCAUUUGUCUAGUCCUCAUCAUCAGCUGUGCAAAUAUGCUCCAUGGGAUAGAGGACUAUAUGUCGCCGAAUGUGGGAGCGUCUCGCGCGGACUCUUGCAAAACGCGUCUCCGUGCA